AGUUGACGUGAAACUAACUUCGGAUACAAAGUCAAACAACGGAAACAAAGCAAAUAAGAAAGGAAAGAAGACUAUCAAAUCGGCAUCAACGGCCAUGAUCAUAGGGUUGACCCUAGGCCUUGUGCAAGCUAUUGUCUUGAUUUUCAGUUCGAAGGUGCUUAUAGGCAUCAUGGGAGUUAAACCGAAUUCGGCAGUUUUAUCACCAGCGCAAAAGUACUUGACCAUACGAUCAUUAGGUGCUCCUGCAUUGCUUUUGUCGCUUUCAGUGCAAGGCAUCUUCCGUGGCUUUAAGGACACCAAAACUCCUCUCUAUGCUACUGUUGCAUCAGAUGGUCUCAAUAUCAUUCUCGACCCCAUUUUCAUAUUUGUGCUUCGUCUUGGCGUCAGCGGCGCCGCCAUUGCUCAUGUCAUUUCUCAGUACUUCAUGCUUCUUAUAUUGUUGAUUCGCCUCGCUAAAGAAGUUAAUUUGAUGCCACCAAAAUUUGGCGACCUACAGUUCGGAAAGUUUAUUAGAAAUGGUAGGGACACAUUUAAUAAAGUUGUUUUUCUUGCAAUGACCAAAGUAAAAGCUUAUUACUAA